AUGUGUAAAUCAUAUAAUGUGAAAGAAACAGAGCAAAGCUACUUUUUCCAAUAUGUUUCAAAGUUGGCCAUAUAUGAUGAAGGUGGCCGGAAUUUCUGGGUCCACAACACUGGGCCAUUGGGUUGUCUCCCUCAAAAGCUUUCUUUAGCUCAAAAGAGUCCCAAAGAUCUUGAUCCCCAUGGAUGUCUUUCGAGCUAUAAUGCAGCUGCAGGAGUUUUUAAUGAAGGACUACGCCAAUUAUGCCAAGAAAUGAGAUUUGAAAUGAAGGAUGCUAUGAUUGUCUAUGUAGAUAUAUAUGCCAUCAAGUAUGAUCUAAUUGCCAACUCUAGCAAAUACGGUUUCUCAAAUCCACUAAUGGCGUGUUGCGGCUAUGGAGGACCACCAUACAACUAUAACAUUCAGGUAACGUGUGGUCGGACUGGCUACCAAGUCUGCAACUUGGGAUCUCGAUAUAUAAGUUGGGAUGGAAUCCAUUACAGCGAAGCAGCGAACACCUUUAUAGCCUCCAAAAUACUUUCCAUGGCCUAUUCAACACCCAGCGUCGCAUUUGAUUUCUUUUGCCUUGCAUGAUUGUUCGUCAAGACAUUUUGGUAUCAUUAUUUAAUUUGUUGCAAAAAUGCAUGAUGAAAUGUUUACGAAAAUGGAACUGUUUAGGGUU